GAAUGAAAACUGAAAAAUAAUUGUGUUGUGUAAACAUAUUUAUGUAAAUAGACUUCUGAAUUCUGAUACCUAUCACCUAUCAAAGAUAAUCACUGAAUAUGGAUGAUGACGAUUAUUGGAAUACGAGUGACACUAAAGCGAAAGCAUUCAGCUUUGACGAUGAUGUGUUAUCUCCGCAAGAGAUCUUGGCUAUUGGGCAGAAAACAUAUCCAGGACAGAAGGAAGAGAGCAUUUUCAGUUCAAGCAGUAUUAGUACGGUGAAGGUUGCUCAGAUUCCAUUAAUGAGUUUAGUUACACCCAAAGUUUUAGAUUUGAUUCUUUUAGCACAAUCAGGGAAAGAUCCAGCCCAAGAACAGAGUCAAGAAUCUCCAGAGACCGUGGCAGUUACAUUGAAAAGGCUGGUCCUCGGUAGGCGAUGUGCUCUCCAUGUACACCGCACAAUGAAGAGCAAGACUGAACUGUUAGACGGAGCUGUGGCAAUAGGAGAUGGGAAUGCUAUACUAACGGUGGUGCUCUUUUUAAUUGCAACAUUGAACAAGAAAUUAGUAUAUGAAUUAUUAUCUUCGAGGCUCAUAGCACUAAACCAUUACAUAAGCUUUCUACAAAAUGAAGGAAAAAUCACUGAACUAACUGAUUUACUUACCAUGCUUGGAAGGAGUCCUGAUGCGGCAAUGGCGCACUUCCAGCACGCCGUUAAGACGCAAGGCAACAACGUGGACGGCUUGCUGCGGAAGGUGACCAAUAUCCUGGCGAACCACUUCAACCAGCCCGGCGUGGACGCGCACCAAACCAAAAUGGUUGAUGCUUACGUUAAAUUACUUGAAUGGCAGAAACUGGCGAACCUGCCGGAGUUGAGCAACAGGUCGGCGUUACAGUGUCUGGCGUACACGUGCUCGCGACACUGGACCGAAGGUGCCGGCGCCGCCAUGUCCCCGCUGACCUUGGGCCAGCGUCAGCAGAUAAGUCCACUGCAGUUCGACUGGGUCGUUUUGAACGUUCACGCUAAAUCCGGAAAGUGGGACAUCCUCGAAUCGCUGUUCACGAAAAAGGACUGGCUGGGUCGGAGCACGGUGUCGUCGCACGUGCCGGCGCAGUGCCUGCUGAGGCGGCUCAGCGAGCUGGGGGCCAGCUCCCGCCUCAUGGCCGCCUGCCUCGCCAAGCUGCCGAGCGCCGACGAACGACUCGCUCUGGCCCUAAAUUACAAAGUCCACUGCGUGGUGGUACAGACUUACGCGAAACAAAAGGACCGACUGGCCCUAACCAAUUACAAGAUGACGCUGAACCCUCAGAGCGAGGAGUACAUACUCGCCGAGAAUACGCUAAGGGAUCCUUCAAUCAAAUGGAAAAAUUAGUAC